AUGGCGGCGGCUGUGGUGGGGCAGGGCGUCACUCGCGGGGCUUCGGGCUCCUUCUCCCCGGCCAAGGGCGCUCUCUCCGGGGAUCACUGUGUGCUGGUGGUGGUCGGAGCUCUGCAGAGCCACGGGGCCCUGGAGCUCAUCCUGCGGCAGAUAGAGACCGGAGUGCGUCGCUGGGCCGUGGACUUGGACGUGUCGGUGCUGGACGAGCAGCUGAAGCUCUUUGUGUCGCGUCACUCGGCCUUCCUGUCUGAAGAGGUCAAAGGUCAGAGGACGCUGCAGCACCGCGGGGACGUGCUGGACACUCAGGUCGUGGUCAACCCGACGUCUGAGUUUGUCUGCUCCGAGGUCCGCCGCCUGCUCCUCCUCCCCUCCCGACACAAGCUGCUGGUCCUGUCUGGACAGUGUGUGGAGGACUCUGGGGACAUUGUGCUGCAGAGAGGAUUCUUCUCCUUAAACCAUUUCAGACAAAUUCUCUGCGAUGACGAGAUUCGUGACGCCUUACGUUCGUCAAACUCUGCAAAGCCCACACUCACCCUGAGCUGUCCCAACUGCGGUCUUUGGAAGAACCCAAAGCUGCACUCGCUUCAGGACUUAAUCGAUCUCCAAAUUAACCCCACUCCGGUUUUCCCAGAGAUGGAGGGACUUCAGGAGUUCAGCGAGUAUCUGUCCGAGUCUCUGGAGCUGGAGUCUCCCUUCGACCUCCUCGAACCGCCGAGCACCGUCGGCUUCCUGAAGCUGUCCCGUCCAUGCUGCUACGUCUUCCCCGGCGGACGAGGAGACUCCGCCUUCUUUGCCGUUAAUGGUUUUAACGUCCUGGUCAAUGGCGGCUCGGAUCCCUGCUCGUCAUUUUGGAAACUCGUCCGACAUUUGGACAGGAUUGAUUCCGUUUUGCUGACCCAUAUUGGUGUUGAUAAUCUCCCAGGGUUCAACAGUUUGUUGUUGAGGAAAAUGGCGGAACAAGACGAAGAGGCGAGUGCUUCUUACCCCGAAGAGGACUGGAUGAAGUACCUCAUCUCUCCUGAAAUUGGAGUUGUGUUUCUAAACAUUCCCAAUAAGCUCAAAGCAAGUCAAGGCAAUCUGAAGAAAAUCAUCAGAGUCCUGUUCCCCGGCUGCACACCGCAAGCCAAGAUACUGGACAGUCUGGAAAAACUCAAACAUCUCGAGUGCCUUAAAGUUCCCAUAGCGUGCCAGAGAGAUUUGGAAAUGGCCAAACACGACAAGCUCCCAAAGCGAGCAGAGAGCCGCGAAAGCCUCAAAAGCGGUACUUUGAAAGAGAAGGUAUCGCGGUUGGACGUGAAAAAGCAAGAGACCAAACCGAAAGCAGCAAGUGAGACCGCAAUGAAGGAUAAGAAGGAUUUGGAAGAAAAAUCCAAAACCAAAGUUGCUGAUGCAAAAGUAAAGCCGGCAAAAGCGCAGGUAGAGAAGCUCGCUCCAAAGAAGGAAGACUCGAAAAAGGAUGGAAAGAAGAGGGAUGAUAAGGCAAUUGUUGGUGUUGUAAAGAAGGACAAUGAGGUCGAUGGCAAAAAGGAAGUUGAGAAGAAGGAUCUGUCAAGUCAAGUUGGUGCCAAAGUGAAGAAGGACAUUAAGCCGGAACGUAAGAAGGAUCUUAAGAAGGACCUGAAAGUCGAGGACAAGAAGGCGGCAAAACCCAAAGAGGCGAAGAAGCCAUCGGGUGCAGCCUCUAGCACGUCUUCAGUAGCAAGCCUAGAUUUGAAAAAAGUGCAGGCAAAAACGGGUUCCCUGAAAAAAGAACCGCUCAAGAAAGAUGGAUCGGCAAAAGGAACGAAGGGUAAAGCAGGAGGCAAAGGCGUCGUGGACAACAUGGAGGAGAAAUUGCCGCCAGAAUUUGCAAAGCUGAAGUUGGAGGAGAGAAGUUCAAGUGGGAGUGGUGACGUGCAGAUAAACGGAAACUCGUUGGGUAGCCAUGAGAAAAUGACAGCGGGAAAAGUAGCUAAGGGGGAUCUGAAUGUGAACUUCAAUCUCAACCCGACUUAUACUGAGAAUUGCCAAGACGGAGUUUGCGUCAGCUCUGAAGACAAAACCAAUUUGUCGUCAGCAGAUUCGGCUCCCAACAGUGCAGGCCACACUCCCUUCCACCAAUCCCUGGAUGAAGACAUGCGAGGGUUGGGUGAGGAUAGUGGGCUUGAUGCUCGGAUGUCCAGUUUGGGGUUUGAGGACGAUAAUCAAGGGGGAUCGUGUAGGACGUCAGAUUUGAGCUCGUGGAAAGAAGGGUUGGGGAGUUCCACGUCUUCCCAAGAGAAGCAGUCCAGUCUCCUAACUCUAAGUCCGCUCAAAGACACAAUGCAGGACUCUUCGCCAACUGUGACGUCCAUGCCAGCGGAAUUCUGCUCGCCACAUUCUACCGAGGUUGAUGAAUCUUUGUCCGCGUCAUUAGAGCAAGGUAUACCUGUUAGUAACGGGGCUUCACACGACAACUUACCUCAAAUUGGCAAGAACGACCAUAUCCACGGAAUGUCGGAUCUCUUGGCAGACAUCCCUCACGACGUUGAUCUUUGCUUGGUGACGCCUUGCGAGUUCCAGCAUCCCAAAGUGCCUGGAAAUCACUCACACCACGCUACAUGUUUGGAAACCACUGAGAAUAACAAUCUUCAGGAGCAGAGCUUGAGCGAAUCUGGGGACAGUCAAGAAACUCCGCCGACGUCAAUCAGCGAAUCGCUUCCAACUGCGACGGACUCCGAUGUAGCCGCAACUGAAGACUGUCCCUCCAUCACGGUGGAUAUGGACUCUGAGGAUGAUUCCAGCAACUUGUACCUCAAUUACAGCUACGACCCGCCCCCAGCUCCGGUCAAAGAUCUCCCUCCGUUGCCCCCACAGCCUGGAGCUUGCAUGGCAGACCCAGAAAAUGACUCUGCAAGCAAGAAGCAAAUUACCAAAGGCAAGAGACCGGCAAGUGCAGGCCAGAAGGUGUCACCUGGCAACACUGCGACCCACAAUGGAAAGUCCAAAGCUGGGAGUGCCACGGGGUCUCUACGCACAGUCCCCAGUCUGGACGUCAAAACCGCAACCAGGAACUCUCUGGGAGGUUCCAAGACGGGACCAGCUAAGCUGUCAGUUGCUCUGUACAAGUCACUUAUACCUUCCAGGCAAAGAUACAACUACACAGCAGGCCAGGCAAAGAUUAGUAGAGACUAUGGACAGAAGGGACGGCAGCGGAGUGAUGGCUGUAACACCUCAGCUCACAGAGUGUCCCCUGCUUCUCCCUCAGCUCACAGUGUCCCCUGCUUCUCCCUCAGCUCACAGUGUGUCCCCUGCUUCUCCCUCAGCUCACAGUGUGUCCCCUGCUUCUCCCUCAGCUCACAGUGUCCCCUGCUUCUCCCUCAGCUCACGGAGUGUCCCCUGCUUCUCCCUCAGCUCACAGAGUGUCCCCUGCUUCUCCCUCAGCUCACAGUGUCCCCUGCUUCUCCCUCAGCUCACAGUGUGUCCCCUGCUUCUCCCUCAGCUCACAGUGUCCCCUGCUUCUCCCUCAGCUCACAGUGUGUCCCUGCUUCUCCCUCAGCUCACAGUGUGUCCCCUGCUUCUCCCUCAGCUCACAGUGUCCCCUGCUUCUCCCUCAGCUCACGGAGUGUCCCCUGCUUCUCCCUCAGCUCACAGUGUCCCCUGCUUCUCCCUCAGCUCACGGAGUGUCCCUUGCUUCUCCCUCAGCUCACAGAGUGUCCCUUGCUUCUCCCUGAGCUCACAGAGUGUCCCUUGCUUCUCCCUCAGCUCACACAGAGUGUCCCUUGCUUCUCCCUCAGCUCACACAGAGUGUCCCUUGAUUCUCCCUCAGCUCACACAGAGUGUCCCUUGCUUCUCCCUCAGCUCACAGAGUGUCCCUUGCUUCUCCCUCAGCUCACACAGAGUGUCCCUUGCUUCUCCCUCAGCUCACGGAGUGUCCCUUGCUUCUCCCUCAGCUCACACAGAGUGUCCCUUGCUUCUCCCUCAGCUCACAGAGUGUCCCUUGCUUCUCCCUCAGCUCACAGACUGGUGUCCGAGGGCCCUGCGGUGUACGUGGACCUGGCCUACCUCCCCUCUGGUCCCUCUGCAGCCUCAGUGGAUGCGGAGCUCUUCAGGAGGCUCCGCUCGGCCUAUUACGUCAUCAGCGGACAGGACUCGGUGAAGGAGGAGGUCAUGAGGCCUAUCCUGGACGCUCUGCUGGAGGGGAAGAGCCACUGGCCGCAGAUCCCGGUGACUCUGAUCCCCACAUUUGACUCUCUGCCGAUGCACGAGUGGUACCAGGAGAGUCACGAGAGACAGACCGAGCUCAGCAUCACUGUCCUGGGCAGCAACAGCACCGUGGCCAUGCAGGAGGAGACCUUCCCCGCCUGCAAAGUCGAAUUCUGA